AUGAGAAGCGUGUCGUUUACAAAAUCUCUUAUUGGAUUAGUCGUCAUCAUCUUCGGUCUUUUAAUCUCGAUACCGGGGACAAAUGCCGACGAUGUGGAGUUCAUCGAGUUGACGUCUUCAACACCGAAAUACCAAUCCACGACGAGCUUAGAUCAAGGAGAAACUUCGUAUUUCAACUUUACGAUUCCUUCCGAAGAUGUGGACGUUAAAAUUCGAUUGCGUGUAUACGACGGCGACGCGGACGUGUACGCGUUAUUCACUUCAAGUAGUAGUGCAGAGGACAAUAUUCCAGCCUCCUCGAAGUUUGAUUUCCGCUCGGAGCACGCGCACAGGGACGACGUGAUCUUUAUCAGUCGAUACGACAUACAAAAGUGGGCGAAUGCUUCGAACGGAGGGAGCGUCGUUGGGAUGUACUUUCGCAUCGCCGUGGAAGGAUGGGCCGCGCACGGGAGCGAAUACGCGUUAGAGUUUGAGACGUUUACGAACGCGAGGAGUUUGAGCGAAGCGCAUAAAACGGCGUUAGGGAACAUUUUUGACGCGUGUUGCUCGGCAAGCGAAAGUUUGUGCGUGGAGUGGAGAGAAGGCAACGAGUACGCUGGGAGUGGGAAAGAGCUGGAUUUGUGUCACUACGACGGGAACGUCUGCGACGAGAAUGGGAAUUUAGAGGAGUUUGACGCGCGAUGGUUGUUUCAGUUUAAUCGCGCGCAGACGGAAGAUAACUGCGAGUUCCCUUCGGAGGCGUUGAAAACGUUGAUGACGCCAUCUAUGCGCAGGUUUCAAAUAAGCGGGUAUUACUAUUCGGGCAGUUAUAGAAAGAUAUUCAAAGAGGUGACGUUGGCGAACGUGUCGGAGGUUUUAGAGGCGAGUAAGAGUGCAAACGUGCUCGAACAUUUCGAGAUUGCGCUAGCGGGGGUCACGGGAACGCUGGACGUAGAUUUCGGAGCGGAUUGCGAUAAACUUCCGUUAAGUUUACACACGAUAAAUGUACAAGGAAACGGUAUAAAUGGAACGAUUCCGAAAUGCGCGUUGGAAAGAAUGCACGUUUUGAUCGUGCAAGAUAACGAAUUAACUGGAGCGUUACCCGAGCUGGACAACCCGGAGAAUUCCAACGUCGCUGUGUUGUACGCCGGCGGAAACGAGUUAGAAGGCGCUUUGCCGGCGUCGUUGGUGAACGGAAACUUUGCAAAAAACUUGACGUAUUUGGAGUUGUCCGAGAAUAAACUCUCCGGCGAGUUACCGGACGAGUGGAACGUGCCGAAACUUCGGGCGUUACACAUGGAGGACAAUUUGUUCACCGGUCAGAUACCCGCGACGUUGGGGACGAAUACCCCAAACUUACAAACUAUACAUCUCAACGAGAAUCAGUUUAGCGGAUCUAUUCCUCAAGGCGUGUGCGACGACGAGGCGAGAGAGGCGAUUUCUGUGGCGAAUAAUCAACUCAACGUAGGCGGUAUUCCCACUUCUGUGUACGAAAACGAUGGGAGUGGGAGAAUUUCCGGGAAGAAUCUCCUUUCCUUGGACGUUUCCAAGAACGCGUUGAGCGAAAACAUUCCGGUUUGGAUUCAACAGGCGCCAAAAUUGAAAUAUUUUUCCCUCCACGACAACGAGUUUACCGGUAAUUUGCCUCAAGUGUCCACAAACUGGCCAAGUUUGAUUCAGUUUUCCGCCAAGAACAACAAGUUUGUGGGUAACAUGCCCGAUAAGUUGGACUUUGGCGCGAUGUUUCGCACGUCGCCGACGCUCGUGAACAAUCAGUAUUACAUCAUUCAUUUUGCGGACGUGAGUAAUAACAUACUCACCGGAACCGCACCUUCAUGGGUAUCGCAGUAUCAAGGGUCUCAAAUCCAGUUCGCGUCAAUUACUGGGAAUAUUUUCGAUUGCGAAAUCCCUUCUGAACUCGCGUAUCUGAACUUAGAUUGUCGCGAAGAGAACGGAAGCGUGCGGUACGCGGUGAACGACGACGGUGUCGCGGGCGCGGACGAGGUUUCGAAAGGACAGAACGUAGAAAAUUCCGUGGGAUGGUUAGGCGAGAAAGAUUCCGCCAGGUUCAUCGUCCUUAUUGGGUUCAUGUGUUUCCUUGGCGUCACGAUAAUGUACUGGAUUUAUAAAGGCAUUAUUAAGCAAUGGUUUAAUCACAUGCGAGACGUGCGAAGAGACCGCGCGUUGGGCGGGAGGUUUUGGGAGCUCGAGGAAGAGUAUCAAGAGUAUAAUCGCGCGAUAUCGGCGAGUCGUCAGAUGGCGGCGGUCAACGAGAGCAAUACAACAACGAGCGGUACUGGAGAUGUGGAACUCGCCGGAGUGCCUUCAGAACUUACGCCGUAUACGCAGUACGUCGUCAACAACGCAGCUGCUGCGGCCCCCGAACCAACCUCGCACGAUAACGAUAACAACAAUAACACAAAUAAUCAUAAUCCAUUUAGUAAUAGCCCGUCGAGAUCUCAAGAUGAUAGUAGCGAAUCUGAAUCUUCUCCAGGUGGCACGCGCAGAUGGGAUCGUCAGCGCAGUUUAUCGGAUCGAGCGAGACGUAAUUUAAUGUUGGCCGAACGCGUCCACGAGCAAUCCUCUUCACCGCCAAGAUCUGUAGAUAGAGCCUUUAGAGGCCAAGACGGCCUCUUCCGUUCUUAA